AUGGCCUGUCCUCAUGCCACGGGAGUCAUCGCUUACGUGAAAUCGCUCCACCCGAAAUGGAGUCCAGCGGCUAUCAAGUCGGCCAUCAUGACAACAGCAAACAAUCUAGACAAUACCAAGAAAGUGAUGAAGGUCGACUCUGGAGACACUGGAACUCCAUUCGACUAUGGAACCGGAGAAGUCCAGCCGGUCCUAGCAGCUGAUCCUGGCCUUGUCUACGAUCUGGACGUCGCAGACUACGUGACUCACCUUUGCAGCGAUGGAUUCACCUCGGCCCAGCUGCGAACAAUCUCUGGAAACCCAAACAUUACUUGUCCAUCGCCCAAGAAGCAUCCCCGGCCUCCUCUCAACUAUCCCUCUUUCUCCUUCCCGGCGCUCGAAAUCGCGGUCCCCCAGUCAUCCCAGCGGACGCUCACAAACGUCGGCCCCGAGAAAGCAUCCACCUACACCGCUACCAUCACCAAUGCCGAGGCUUCCACAGCCGCGUCUAUCACCGUGGCGCCUUCCAAGCUCGCCUUCACCAAGAUCGGCCAGAAACUCGCCUACACGCUCACCGUGAAUGCCUCCGCGGCGCCAAGCUCGCCGAUCGAGUGGGCGUUCGCGUGGAUCAGCUGGAGCGAUGGGAAGCACCAGGUCAAGAGUCCCAUCGCCAUGAAGAUAAACCCUAAAUCCUGA